CAUGUAGUUGCAACAUCGUAUGUAGAAGAGUGUGUCCUUACUGCAGUGCACAUCGCGCGGAUAGACGUCCGCUUUUACUUCGUGGCUUCGUUUGGAUCUAUCUGUCUCUCUUUUUGCCACUGGAAUAUAUUGCAACGAUCUGUUCAUCUGAGAAGGAAAUGAUCUGCUUUCGAAUGCAAGAGUGCUAAAUGCUGAGCUCUGGUAUAUGAGGAACACGACCUACAGAUGGAGUCAAGGGUUCCUCACCACAUUCCCGGCGUCUCCUCCUCCAUCAUGGUGCAGCCGUUACUGGACAGCCGCGUUCCCUACGGACGCCUCCAGCACCCGCUGACCAUCUACCCCAUAGACCAAAUGAAAGCUUUGCAUUUGGAGAACGACUACAUCGACACCCCUGCUGUGAUUUCACAACAGCCACCGAGCCACAAGGCAAACCCCAGGGGCCAGGAGGUCCUGCUGGGAGCCCCACACCAUCCGAAUUUAUCCCGCUGUGAGGUGCCAGAUGCCACCACGCACCCCUGGAUCUCCUUCAGCGGUCGGCCCAGCUCCAUCAGCAGCAGCAGUAGCACGUCUUCAGAUCAGCGGCUGCUGGAUCACGCAGCUCCUACUCCUGUUGUGGAUCCGUAUACAUCCGGAAAUUCCCACGGCAGGACCCUAGCUGCGGAGCAGCCCAAGAUACUGAGCUCCAAGAACAUUAAGACACUGGCAGCCCUGCCUGAAGAGAAGAAAAAGCACGUGCUGCUGUGCGAGAAAUGUGGGAAAUGCAGAUGCACUGAAUGCACGCUGCCCCGAACCUUGCCUUCUUGUUGGGUUUGCAACCAAGAGUGUCUGUGCUCCGCACAAAACCUAGUGGACUCGGUGACUUGCAUGUGUCUAGUCAAGGGGGUUUUCUACCACUGCACUGAUGAGGACGAGGAAGGCUCCUGCGCAGACAAACCAUGCUCCUGUUCGCACUCGAACUGUUGCGCACGCUGGUCCUUCAUGGCAGCCGUCUCAUUGGUUCUCCCCUGCCUAGUGUGUUACUUACCUGCCACUGGCUGCGCCAAGCUUUCGCAGAAAUGCUACGAUGGCAUCAGCCGCCCAGGAUGUCGAUGCAAAAGCACCCAAUCCUGCAAAGUGGCAGAAAUCAAGUCCUGUCAGCUAGAAAAACAAGCCUCGUGAUGGUUUGCAGGACCUUCUUCCCAAAAUCAUGGUACUUAAGGUGUUGAAAUCAGUAGCAAUGUUUGACUGAACCGAAGGGCACAAAUGAUCAUUUCACGUACACGAAGAAGAUGUUUUCUUCUCCUCACGAUGGUUCCACGUAUUAGCCUCUACUAAAGGACCUUGCUAACACCGAAUGCUGCAUUUUAGUCUGUUUAGAAAAGAUCUCUUGUUUAUUUUCUCUUUGAGAAACCACCCAUUCAGAAACCUUCUCCACUUUGGCAAUCCCUCUCCGGAUCUGGCGCUGCGGAAGAAAAAAAUGACAGUGAAUUCCAAGCUGAUAACACAUGUCACAAUCAAAAUAACCAGACUUCAUCUCUGUGCACAGUGCAUUUACGAGCUUGUUCUAGAGCUUUUAUUUCUUGUGUUGUUGGAAACGCAAACAUGGGAGGUGAUUGUGUGUCACUGAAGGAUUCCGAGUUCCCAUUGCGAAAGACGCCGUGUAUCCGCGUGGAUGUUUUCAAUCUUCUGUGGGGGACUGAAUGUUUGUUUUUUUUGAUGGCUAAUAGGUGAAAAAGCUUUCGUGAGUCCCUUUGACAUGCCAUAGCAUACUUCCAUAAUGAUUCUUCCAAAUGUUUAGCGGUUCAGUUCCUUGUAUGACCUCAGGGAUCAUCAGUUUAUCUGAAAUUACAUGUGAAUUCAGCUUGGAACGAGUUUGGUGACCGUAUAGCAAGGACAUUCAUAAGCUACGAGGGGAGCUGCGCCAGCAGUAGUUGUGGGACAAGCUAUAAAGUUAGCUUAAUAAACACGCCAAUCACCAUGAUAACGAGGCAAAAGCACAGUAUUAUGUACAGUAGAUGUACAAAGUGUUUCACUGUAGAUGGAAGACAAACAAAACAAUUCUCUAGUUUACUACCGCUACCAAACAUAACACGUGCCCUAGUAUCAAACUGCUCUAUUUUUGUCAUGUGUAUAGAGACUUUGCCAAAGGAGUGCACCGUGGGGUUUUUAGUUUACUCGAGUGGGCAUGCGUUGUUGUACUCUAGCCAAUUAGUAAGCUCUUUAAGGUACGGUGCUCACUUCCCAAGAUCCCUAGAGGGCACGAAGGGAACGAAUAACGUCUGCCUUUUUUAACCCGCAAAACUAGGACCUCGCUGGUCUGUAUUUUCACAUAUUCCAACAUUUGCACAAAUCCGAAAAGCAGAAAUACACUACUGUUCUUAGUCUUGAAUGUAUAAGGCUAGGGUAUACGUUUGCAAACUAACCCGCCGUGGAUAGCGUACGCAUAUAGCUGCAUUGGGAAGAGUUGCAAAUGUACCAUAGAUUAUGUUUUUCGUUGUUGACCUAUGCAGGUUACACGUUCUUGUAAAUAGCCAUCCAGAAAAAAAACUA